CACAAGUUGUGCCUCCGGCCAACUUGCUGAACGAAAUUAUUGCACCUGUCAAGGCGGACGUGGAGCAGAUGAACCAGAACCUUAAAAACGUGGUCGGGAACCGACACCCGAUGCUUAUGGCGGCAGCAGAACAAAUCUUUGGGGCGGGCGGCAAGAAGUUGCGGCCAGUUAUUAUCUUUCUGGUCGCCCACUGCACGGCGGAGCGCGAGGGCCUCAAGGAGCUAACAGAGAAGCACCGACGUCUGGCGGAGAUCACUGAAAUGAUUCACACGGCGAGCCUGGUGCACGACGACGUGCUUGACGACUGCGACAUCCGACGAGGCAAGAAAACCAUCAACAGCAUGUAUGGCACCCGCGUGGCUGUGCUGGCCGGCGAUUUCCUCUUCGCACAGUCUUCAUGGUUCCUUGCAAACCUGGACAACCUGGAGGUCAUCAAACUCAUCAGCCAGGUCAUCGCCGACUUUGCAAACGGCGAGAUCAGCCAGGCCGCCAGCCUCUUCGACACCGACAUCACGCUCGAACAGUACCUGGACAAGUCCUUUUACAAGACCGCCUCGCUCAUCGCUGCCAGCUGCCGCUCCGCCGCCGUGUUCAGCAACUCGCCGGAGGAGGUCAAGGCGGCGAUGUAUGCGUACGGCAAGCAUCUGGGGCUGGCCUUCCAGGUGGUGGAUGACAUCCUGGACUUUACGCAGUCCACGGAGCAGCUGGGCAAGCCGCAGGGCCAGGACCUAGCCAGCGGCAACCUCACAGCGCCCGCCAUCUUUGCCCUCGGCCGCUGCCCCGAGCUGCUGGACAUCAUCUCCUCCGAGUUCGUGGAGGAGGGCUCCCUGGAGCGGGCGCUGCUGCUGGUACGGCAGGCGGGCGGCAUCGAGGCGGCGCAGCAGCUGGCGGCGCAGCAGGCGGAGCUGGCGCUAGCGGCGCUGGAGUGCCUGCCGGAGGGUCCCAGCAAGCGCUCGCUGAGCCUGAUGGUGGAGUAUGUGCUGGAGCGCAUUCACUGAGCGGGGCUGGCGGGAGGGGGGGCGGAGGGUAUGCGCUGAGGGGAGGAGGAAAGGGGAGCAUGCGUUGAGGGGAGAAGGAAAGGCGAUGGAGGGAGCACAUGCAUGAGCUUUCUGAGCAGCUGUGAAAAUUGAUGUUUGGCGGGAAUGACUUGAAACACCUUCCAGCUGCAUCUGUUCUACUGUGCUGCAUGCAGCUUGGUGUGUUGUGCGUUUGGGGCCAAGCGGCACGUGGGUUGAGUCCAUGACUUGCUUGUGCCCCGACGGUAGGGGUAGGACGCGUGGCAUGAGGACUUCCUUGGGAAGGCGUUUGGAAAUAUUGGAACGCCGGAGGGUAUGUACUCUGUAGGUGAGUACCGAUAGGCCGUUGAUGACCGUUUGGCGUCGUGCGUUAAUCGCCGGUAUGUACUUGCGGAGUAACACGGCAAUGAACAUGUCCGGCGUUGCGGGCGUUUGGGAAGGGUGGGCGCAAUACAUUACAGAGCGCAUGAGACAAGGUUUGUAAAGCGAGUGAUGGCACCCGUACAUGAGAGAACCCAAACGGUACGUAAUAGAGUUCUGAGUGCUACUUGUGUGAGAGUGCGGUUGUUGGUUGUCAUCUAUGGUUUUGUUUCCUCCAAGCGACAGGGCGGAAGGAAGACAAUUCGGUUGCGUUGCACCCCAAUUGAUACGGAGAGACAACGAGGUUCUGGCUUUGAAAAGGGGAGAGAGGUACAGAUUGUAGGGUCACAUAAAGCUGGAAUGGCCCCGUAAUUGCCCUCUGAAACUGGUGGCAGAUGUAACAGUGUUGAGUUUGACUGCCGUAUGUAUCUGUGUGGUUUUGGUGUUUGGUUUUGCGUGUGGCAUUCUGCCGGCGGCGCGGCUCCGUUCAAGUUGUUUACGUUGUGCGCACGGCGAUGCUUCCGUAUGGUGCGGCGGAAGCAGAGAUUCCUGGUUCCUGCGUUUGUUGCAGUUGGUUGCAGCCAUGUGCACUGGAACCCUGCUGCUGUCUACGCAUUAUAAGAGCCAUGAAACAGGCUGCGAAGUUGCCAGUGUAGUUGUAGUACGUACGGCGUUAUGAGAAAAGGUAGUUCCGGGGAGCAGGCGUUUGACAAGGCCUGCUCAUUUUCAUUACAAGACAUCACUGCGGUACUUGUCGGCCGAGAAAUAACACGCUGGCGUAGGUAGAGAACUGUUGCUGAGUUGGAUGGGAGGUGUCAUGCAUUAUGUCUGAACAGGCAUAUGUGGGUGCACGUUGACGACGUCCGUGGCAUCGCUUGCAAACGGCGAUGUUAGAGAGAGAAUGAAUGAUCGUUGAGCGGGUCCUAACAAAGCUUGGGCUUGUGUUGGUUUUUGAAGGUUGUGGCUUGUGGGGCACGCUAUGCCCAACUGAGAGACGAUUUCCUUGUAUGCGAGAUUUUAGCAACCGUCUGUAAAGGUUUCGUUACAAUGAG